AAACGCCCGGCAAGAGCCGGAAGCAAAAUAUUAGGAGUUCCGGGAUACUUAGUGGUUUCUGUUUUGGGUAGAUUAAAAGACGAUAUCGAGGGUCAUUUUCUAUAAAUUCGUUGUUAAGUGCUUUUUUUUAAGUGGCAAAAGCAAAAUAAAGUGCGCCGUUUAGGGGGAUGUGAUACAAUUCCGGGCUGAGUGAGGAAAUUGAGAUGGCGUUUUUGUUUCUAUGGCUGGGUUACCUUGCGCGGGGUUCCAACUUCCAGCUCAUAUAGUCUGUAAUAUAUGUAAAUUGAUGUUAAUUAGAUAUAUGUCGGAGCCUAUAAAGUAAAGGCCUGGGUCGGUGUCCGAUCAGACUCCAGCUCGUAAAUAAAUAAAAACAUUGCAAUUAGCAACACACGUGGUCAAAGAAAAAUAGGAGACCUUUAGAUCCGUGUCAUGAAACUACGAUUUGCCUCACUCGCCAUUCCAUUAUUUGUUUAGAACAUCAGAAUCCUGUUCAGGAUCCUCUUCCUUGUAAUGCAGUGAGUAGGGAAACGUUUAGUUUUAGAAUGGACCUUUUCGUAUCUAUGAUUUGGAGGAAGAUCCUGCGAAAGAGAUGGGUUCUUGGUGUUGUUUUCGGCCUGUCCCUCAUUUAUUUUCUGAGCAGCAGCUUCAAGCAGGAAGAAAGAACUGUGAGAGACAGAACCCUUCUGCAGGCAGGGGAUCAAGAUCAGAACAUACAAUGGAGAAUCCAGUUCAAUUUGGGAAACAGCAGCCACAUAAGUAACCAGUGCCGGAACUCUGUGCAAGGCAAAUUGCUCAUCGCAGAUGAUAUGGGUUACAUUUGUGAGCGUAAAGAGCUCUUAGCAAAUGGAUGCUGCAACAUAAAUGUGGCCAGUACUAAACUGUACAGCUGUGAAACGUGCCUGCCCAAUGGGUGCUGCAGUUUGUAUGAGUUUUGUGUAUCCUGCUGCUUGCAGCCUAAUAAGCAACUUCUACUGGAACGUUUUCUAAACAGAGCAGCAGUGGCUUUUCAGAAUUUGUUCCAAGCAGUUGAAGAUCAUUUUGAGUUGUGUUUGGCCAAGUGCAGGACUUCGUCACAGAGUGUUCAGCAUGAGAAUACCUACCGCAAUCCUGUUGCCAAGCACUGUUAUGGGGAAAGUCCUCCUGAGCUUCUUCCCAUCUGAUUGCAACACUUCUGUCAUCUGCAGUGCAAACUGUGAAGAAAAGAGGAAAGAAUUUGCUGACCAUGUAUACCAUCCUUCCAGCUCCAUCCAACCUUUAUAAAAUCCAAACGGUCUAUGUUCUUGAAAUCUUCAAUCAUGAGGAGAAGCUCGAUAUUCCCUGUAGGAAUGUAACAGUGGUGUUAAUAAUUUGAUGCCGAGCUGCAUAAGCUUAAUAAAGCUGUAUGGAGUAUACUAAUACAAGAGAGCAUAUAACUCUCAACAUCUCAUCAGCCCAAAGGAAGGAGUUAGUGGUGCUCUUUAAGUAAGUACAGCUCUUCUUGAUGACAAAAAAAGAGAGAACCAUAUUUUAUUUUAAUGAUGAGGGUCAGUUUUCAAAUCCUAGGACACUAUGUUUAAACAAAUUAUCCCUUAUUGCAAUGAAUACUAUAAUUUAAAAAAAUAUAUUUUUAAUUGUUUACAUCAAAAUAAAAGGUAUGCAGUCCUUGAAAAAUAUGAGGUUCCGUUACAAAAUGAAUAUUACUUUGCAGGAGUAAAAUGUACUUGUCUCUCAAAUGUCACCGUUAAAGGGUUGAAUUCAAUUAUGUGCAUUAUAGUAAAACACUUUGUCUAGAGAUUAAAGGUUGAAUGCUCAGAUCACUAUACACAGUGUCAUACAUCGGCCAGCAAUAGCAGUACACUACCUUCACCAACAGAUGUCCUCAACCAUCUGUACCUACAGAAUGACUAGUUCAAGCAAUUAUCUCUCAUAAGAUCAGAUUUUUGUCUUACACUUGCUCCAUAUAUUGGAUCGCAAACAAAAGUCAUUUUGAUUUAAAACCACUUUGCAAUAAAGCCUCAAAUGGUGUGCUUUAGUAUUCUUUCUGGCAUUUUAGAACUGUAUUCUUUUAUUGGGAAAAUAAAUGAAAAUUAAAUAAAGAGUCAGCAUAUUACACAUGAAUGAAGGUUUACUUGCUGGCAUAUAGUACAUUGAGCAUAAAAACGGUGUAAUGUUCGGCACAGUAGCGGCUAAUCAUAGCCGUUGCCCAGAAUGUGGGUAAUGUGUAAAGGCAAUUGGCAUGUCUUUAGCCCCUGUCUUUUUAUUUUGUUGCAAUUAAAUAAGUUGCUUGUAUAUACAUUUUUAUAGAAUUAGUGUCUUGUUUUCUCCCUCCACAGCGGAAAGUUAUUUAUUAAAAGUAACAUGAUUUGUAUAUUUUUACAAUUUGUGAGUGAAGUGGUGUCUGAAUAGAGCCUUAAAGGAAUAGUAAAAUAUUUGUUCCUGUUUCAUUUAAAAGGGCAUUAAACUGCAGUGGAUCUCUUGUUCAGAUAAGAUUCUCAUAUCGUAUAUCCUAUAUCAAUGCAAUUUCAUACAGCAAAUAUGGAACAAAAUGCAAUGUUUUUGUUUAUAGUGUGUUUAUUAAUCUAUUUUAUUUAUUGUAUUUUAUGCGCAGCAAAAAGCACAACAGACCUCUCAGUCAGAUCAAUAUAGGAUAUCUGCACUAUAAUUGUUGAUUCCUUUGCUAUAAAUGGAAAAUAUAGCAUAUUAUUCCAAUACCAUGUUAAGACAUUUUUUUUAACAAAGCAACACACAUGAUUAAUUCAUUCAUACACAUCUUGAAUGCUAUCUCCCACUAUUCUGCCUCCUCUACAUAAUUGCUUACUUGUCACUCAGUAGAGGCUGUUUAUCAGAAAAGUGUAUCAGUAGUAUGGUAAUUGCCACUCAAAAAUCUGUCAUUGUUUUUUCCAGUGUGAUGGGAUGAAAAAUACAAGGGAUUCUGUCAUGAUUUUUAUGGUGUAGUUUACCAUAGGUUACUAAAUUGCACUGUCUGUAUUGUAAAUAAUUAAUUCAACCAUUUAAAAUGUUAUUCUUGAACUAAUAAAUGUAUGUUUUCUAGUUUUAAUGGUGGUGUAUAGGCAGCCAUCUCAGGUCAUUGUGUCUGAUCUUGUGCUUUCAGAAAGAGCCAGCACUUCACAAUGCAACUGCUUUCAGAUAAGCUAUUGUUUCUCCUAUGCAAUGUAACUUAAUCACUUGGGUGAGCUGGACUUUGGUGUUUUAACGUUGAGUGCUAUCCUUAUAUCUACCACUAACUUAUAGCACAGCUGAAAGAGUGACUGAAGUCUUUUAGAGCACAUCUCAUAUGACUUGGAGCACCUGGGAAACUGACAAUAAGUCUAGCCCCAUGUCAAAUUUCAAAAUUAAAUAUAAAAAAAAAUGUUUGUUCUUUUAAAAAAUGGAUUUCAAUGCAGAAUUCUGCUGGAGCAGCACUAUUAACAUAUGCAUUGUAAAAAUACAUUUUCCCGUGACAGAAUCCCUAUAACAAAUGCAUAUUAGGAAAGUUCAUCUAUAAAAUAAAGAUUGGUGCACAGGAUACAAAGGGCCACUGCAACAUUACACAUUUAUUACCUAAAACAAAUGUUAUGUCUGUUUGUUCUUCAGCAUCCAACUAUAGCUGAAAUCUAUUUAAUUGUAUUGUGGCAAAGAAUUAAAAAAAAAAAUCCACUCUUAAGGUUGCUGCAGACGAUUAAAAAAAGUAGUGCAUGUAUACCACUGCUUUCAGAUUUAUUCACAGCAGGGAUACAAUGCUAAUUGUCAGUGAGUAACAGGAAGAUCACUUUUCGGUAUGCCUUCAGGUUUACUGUCUUUGUGCUCUUUUCUUUGUGUAAAAUAAGGUUAGCGAGCAUUUUUCUGAGUCAGUAUUUGAUGAUUUUGGUUUGUAGCUUUUCUUUUCCUUUCAUUUUUGUGUGUUUCUACUGCAUUUUAUACAUUCAGAAAAGUUAGUAUUUGAUUUGUUUUCUGGAUAUACUUAAAUUUGCAAAAUAAAAUAUUUUGAGGGUCAUCAACACCAAUCAUGUAAAUGAAUGCAAUUUAUGACUACAAAUAAAAUGUAUUGCAUUUCUAUAAAAAA